GUUGAGCUGGCUCGCUAAUCUCAUUAUCGAGCUAACUCAUGAACUCCAAACGAACCGGCUCAUAAUUUAAACUCCACAAGCCACCAAAUAAAACUUGUAAAGUUUAAUUCAAUCUCCGCUCCUUAAUAAACAGACCAAUUAUCCAACGAAUUUUCGAACACUAGCUCAUUUAAUCUGCACAAGUUGGAUCAUGUAGGCGGACUGGCGGGCUUAAUCGUUUGAGCUGAGUUAGCCCAUUGGGUUCGUAAGCAAGACUCUUAUCAAGUUCAGAAGCUUCAGCCCGAGCCCAUUCAUCAACAGCGAAAGAAUAAACGACGUCGCCCUGAAAUGGAUCAAUGAAAAAUUCGACUGGUCAGGACUCAGGACCGUGGCCAUCUCUGCUCGUGAAACCACAGAUCGAUCUCAACUCCUGUCCUCCUCCUCUUCCUUCUUCUUCUAUUUCCCCGACGAUGAUGGAUUCUCGCGUUCUUGUUGCCCUGCUUCUCGUCUCUUCCUUACUCUGCACAUCUGCCAAGGCGGAAAGCAGCGGGACGGUUCUCUUCAUCGACGGCCAGCAACACCAAUACCUUCGUUCUCCAUCCACCAAUGAUGGCGUCCAGUCCCAGUCAAUGUCGAUUCCGGAAGUUGCUGAUGCUGUGUCUGUUCUGCUUGGUUUUGCGCCAUCCGCUACACUUUCAGCAGCUGGUUCAGCGAAGUUGAAUGGGGUUCUCAGUCCCAAUAUAUUUGAUAGGCCUCGUGCUGUCUUCAUGUUGGAAGUUAGUGGAAGCAAAGGUAUCUCAGCUAUGGAUAAGUACAGCCAUGCUUUGCGGCGAAAUACCGUUCUGGGUUCAGACAAAGCUCAAAUUGAACUUCCAGGUGGAGAAGUCUCUGUGGUUCAUUUGGAUGAAGGAUUAACAGAUUUCACGGAGAAGGAAAUAAGUGAUCUUGCAUCUUUCGUGGGUGGAUCAUAUGUUACUGACGCUUCACAACCAAUGAAUGGAGACAUUACAGGCAUAGCUUUGGCCAGUGGAACCAUGAAUCUUCACAUGUCAAAGGAAGCGGACAGGAAAUAUGUUGAGAGUCUAUUGGCUCUGAUGCGAAAUAGCAAAAGGGCAAGAUUGAUGCAUGAAGAUCUAUCACAAGGAACCCGAAGGCCAGCAGAGCUAAUAAUUGGAAGCUUUGAUGGCAUUAAGGCUUUGCGAGAGCAAUAUGGAACAGAAAGCAUAGUACAGCAAGGGGAGGAGCUAUUACUUAGCAUGCUGUCUAUAGUUCUUGAUUCCUUGCAAGCAGCAUACAAAGGUCAACUUGUUGCGGUUGUUUCCUUCGAGCCAGAAUCGGAAACAAAGUUGGAUGUGGUGCUGACUGAUUAUCCAUCUGCUCGUUUGCUGGUUGAAACCAAUGUAUCCCCUGUAUUCAAUACCACCAUUUUGGAAGUGGCCCUGGUCAGAACGACCCUGGCUUGGUUGACAGGAAUCAUUCUUCUCGUUUCUACUCUUAUCGGGGUCUGCAUGCUUUUCAACAUGCCACUGACGAAGGACACCCUUCUAUAUUCCAAUGUCAAGCUCGACUAAGUUGGAACGACCAGACGCGUGGUCUGUGCAGGACGUAAUAGGGGGCCAGUCUAUUGCGGAGCAGGUUCACUAGUAGAUUGUUUAGUUAUCAGUGGUUAUCUACGGUUUCUGUUAAACCCAUACCAACCACAUACCUUGAUUGUUGAUCAUAUUGAAUGUAAUCAACGAAGCUGAAAGCUGCUGCUAUGUUGGGGAGUAGGGUCCUGCACAUGCUGGCCGAUUUGGAGUUCUCUGUAUUCUGUAAUCCUAAACAAUAAAAAUAGACAUGAGCUGAAAGUUGUAUUCAGGAUUGUUGUGCGCUGUUGAAUAAGUCGAUAUCUUGUUUAAGCUCAAGUCCAUUUAAUGUGUUUGUCAUAUUUGUGAUUUUGUAGCAUUACUGAGAACUGUGAAGUUUUUUUUUACUGUGUAAUAAUAUUCUUCUACAGUUUUGGAUGGGGUAAAUUACUAGAUUGGUCACUGAGAUUGUAAAAAACGUUCACGUUUGGUCACUAAAAAUAUUUAAUUCCAUUUGUGGUCACUAAAAUUAGUUAAGUAUUUCAAGUUUGGUCACUCUCCGUCCAAUUUCGUUAAGUUUUGCUUAUGUGACAGUCAACUCUUAUAGUUGACCGUUAAAUGUGUGACAUGGCAAUAAAUAAAUAAAAUGUAAUUCUUUAUAUUAAAAAGAUAAAAUUUAAUUAAUUAUAUUUCCCUCGGAUUCACCUCUCUCUCUCCUCUCUGCACGCGAUCUAUCGUUCACUCUUUUGCCGACGAAAUAGCCGCUGACUCUUCCGAAUCCGUAGUCGUCGUCCCAUAGUUACAUACUAGCCUAUUACCCGGCCUGUUGGCCGGAUUAGUGUAUGUUACCCACUUGUGGAAUAGGAGAAAAAGCAAGUGAGAGUAGAAGGAAUUGGGAUUCCACUUGCUUAGGACCGACCCACUAAUCCGAUUCUUCCCGACCCGCCCCAACCUAAAGGGUCAGAAAGAGUCAAUAAGAAAAUACGAACGGAGAGGAUUAGUCAUAUAUCUUGAAUCUUCAUAAGUCGGUCAAACAGGAUCAAGGUUGGGUGAGGGGAAUUUUUAGCGCUAAGCAGAGUUCUGGUUGAAUAACUUUACUUAGGCCUAGAAAUUGGUGCUGAUGCAGACUGCAGUUUUUAUUAUACCAUCAUCAAUCAUCAUUGAAUUAGUCCUGGGCAUCCCUCCCCGUUGUCGGUCUGAAUUCUAAUGAUGGCUUCGUUCCUUGCACCAGCCAUAUCGGCGAGUUGUCAUCUCGAGCAUGAUUUGCCUAUGUACAAAUGAUACAAUUAGAGUAUGAAACUGAAUUCAAAGAAAGGAAAAGAGAAUUCUAUCACAUGACAAUAAAUACACGCAUAAUAGUGAAGCUAAGUGAAAGUCAUUACUCGCAAAAUCAAUUCUCAAAAAUUACAGACUAAACAAUGGCUAGAAUGGCACUGAAACUACCAAGAAUCAUGGACGAAACAACUUGUCAAAUUAAAUAAUCCUUAUACUCAAAACUACCUUCUAACUUGAAAUAGGACAUGAUCACAGUUCAUAGCUCUCUUCUCACUAUGAAUUGGUUGCAACUCGUCCUUAUCACUGCCUCCCAAGCUCAAUUCCAACAGAAUAGAGACAGUUAUGUAAGAUAACCAUAUCCUUACUGAUCAUAAUUCCUUUCUUCACUCCAUUUUUGUCAGAGAAAAGAGUUAACCCCCUCUCCUGCAUUUCCCUUUCCCCCUCUCUUCUCCCUCUUCUUCACAAACCGAUCCCUAAACCAGCAACAACAACACAAAAAUAGCCUUCGCCUCUGCCAUCUCCAUCUACUGAACGCGUUGGUGGCAAGACAGGACUGCAGAAGCAAAAUUUUCUAAAAUCAAACUAAUUUUUUUGAAGGAGACCUAACCACGAAAAAAGAGUAAAGCAACAAUGCUAAUAGUUCAGAUGGUUGGUUUUGAUGUUAUACAUUGCUUUUGUUCUGGUCUCCAGUAUAUCAACUGCACGAUUUAGAAGCAAGUCCUCCUGUUUGUGUCAAACGAAAACAUUCAUGGGUUCUUAACUCCCCUGUUAGUGUAAAAGCAGCAGCAGCGGCAAAGAAGUUUGACAACACAGCAAGCACCCAGGCAAAAUGAUACAAUGCAGUAGGUGAUAUGUGUCUCGAAGGUUUUGAGUUACUAAAGUUCAUGUUAAAAAUAAACAUGAAUUAAAAUGGAUUAUUCUAUUAAGCAAACAUCCCCUCUAAUCAUACAAAGAUCAUAUAUCCAAUUCACAAACAAUUAAGCCAUAAAAAAUAUCAUACAUCCACCACCUUUGAUUGCCUAAAUUUGGUUUUUCGCAAAGUUAUGGACUCUUAAGGGUAACGUUCAUGGGUAGUCCGUUUCAUAACUCUAGAGAGCACAGUAAGUAGCCACCAGCCAGACACAGUGCGGUAGGCGAAUAUGAUUCUCAAUUCACAAUUUCUCACCACCGGAAGUAAGAACAGACCAUAAUAAGCGUAACAUUCAUGGGUGGUCUGUUUCAUAGCACUACCACACAAUUUGUUAAAAAAGAAAGAAAGGUAUUUAGCACCACGGUGGAACAACUUUUACAGGCCAACAACGACAACAUGCUGCAACCACCAGAACUGGUAUCACAACUCAUAGGGAAAAUCAAAAGAGCAAUCGUCAAGCACAUACACCAUCACAAAAGUCACGGAACCUGAUUCACGAAGCAUUCAAACAUUUGAGGACAUUUCUGCAAAGGUACAACUUAUAUGUCUUUUUUCCAAGCCAUUUCCAUCAACGUGCUAAUAAAUUUGCAAUGCAUAAAACAAACGGGCCAAAACUUGAAAUUCAGCCUGUUCGAUCGACCCAUGCCAAAUUCUAAUUAUUCUUUACUUUUAAACUUUCUAUUUGAAAAUAAAAAAAAAUAGUGAAAGAAAAGAGAUGACUACAAUUCGCCAUUUGCACAUCACUUAAUCGAGAUUAAAACCAUGGAAAUUCAAAAGGAACUGAAAAUUUUUAGGAUCGUUAUAAUGUUUAAAAUAACCAAAUAGAUCGUUAUGUUUAGUUUUUUACUAACAAAUACCAAACGAUUCCCUAUAAAAUACACUAUAAUUUGAUCA